AUAAUGUAGACGAACUAUUUGCUAUGGAGCAUUGCAAUUAUAACAAAGAAUCCAUAAAUAAUUUAUCUGAAUCAAGUUCAUCUGAAGAUACUAUUACAAUAGUGAAGGGAUCUGAGAAAUCUGAUUCAGAUUAUGCAUCAUGCAAAGCAUCUAUCGUCCCAGAAAAGAAAAUUUGCAAAGUAAAGUAUAUGAAGAAAAAUUCUGGCAAUAAGAAGGCAAAACCUAAAAGGAAUCUGACCUGA